AUGGCUCUCUUUGUGAACGAAGCUGCGUGGCUGCCAACUGCUAACGCCCGACCCGUGAAAGUUGAACAUGGGCCAACACCCAAUCCGUGUGAAAAUGAAGUGGUUAUCAAAGUAGCCUAUGCAUCGGUCAAUCCAGCCGAUUGGAAAUUGCAAGACGGUCCCAGCCAUUUGACAUACCCAUUCAUUUACGGUCUUGAAGUCGCUGGAAAGAUUGUGCAGCUUGGCUCUCAGGUUACGCAGUUGAAACUGGGCCAAAGAGUGAUCGGACACUGCGAUGGCCUGCUUACGCAGAAAACAACAAAUAUGGGAUUUCAACAUUACAGCACAUGCGUCGAGCAUCUGGUCUCUCCAGUUCCUGACUCCCUACCCUUGUUGAAUGCUUCGGUCCUCCCAGUCGGUAUCGAUACCGCUGCGGCUGCACUUUAUGGUCAUCUCAAGCUGCCCCUUCCCUCGCUAAAUCCCGCACCUCUCUCAAAAAAAAUUCUAAUUUGGGGAGGUAGCUCGUCUUGUGGAAGCUCAGCUAUUCAGCUCGCAGUUGCAUCUGGUCUUGAGGUUGUGACCACCGCCAGUAGCUCGAACCAUGAGCUUGUCAGGAGCCUCGGUGCCACUCAUGUCCUGAACUACAAGAAUCCAGAUGUGGUCGAUCAGCUUCUUAGUCUUCUCAAGCCAGGAGACUAUGUUGUGGAUUGUAUUGCUACCAAGGAGACGCAGACUACAUGUGGUGAGAUCCUCGGAAGAAUUGGCGGAGGCAAGCUUCCAGUCGUGAACUCUCCGCAAGGAACCUACCCCGAGAAUGUGGAGCCUUCUAUGGUUGUUUGCCUGCCAGUGGCUCCUGAGCUUGGGCAUCACAUAUGGCAUAAAUUUAUCCCCGAAGCAUUGGCUGCAGGUAAAUACCAAGCUAAGCCUGACCCUCACCUCAUUCCGGGUGGGCUGGAAAGGGUCCAAGAGGCUAUCGAUCUACUUCGACAGGGUGUGUCGGCUAAGAAGAUUGUCAUUGAAAUUGCCGCAGAGUAG